AUGAGAGAGAUCUACAGCAGUGGACCAGGGAACGGAGAACCUCCAGUAACACAAAUAUGGAGAAGAAAGAGCAGCCAGAAGUCGAGCAAAUAUGGAGAGGGAAGGAAAUCUAUGAGUAACAGUGAGUCAGUGCAUUCCACACAUGGAAAACAAAGAACACCAAAUCAUGAGAAAGAUAGACCUCAUGCUGAAGAUGAGGGCACCUCCUCAGGCUCCUUACAAACACCAUCUGUCUUUAACUGCAUUGGGUCACCACAGUUACUAUCUGGGAAGGGCGGUAACAGUAACAUCAAGUCAUCGAAACAAUCUCAAGAUAGUGGUGGAAGGAAGAAGCAUACAUCAUCGCCUGGGAAUUUGAAAGACAAGGAGGAGAGGUUUAAAAGCAUUUCUGUUUUAGAAAGAUUUGGGCAGGGAGGGCAAGAAGAUGAGGAUCACUCUCAACUAAAGAGAAGGAGACUCAGUAAUAGUGAUGACAGAAAAUCCAAGAAAGCCAAGAUGGGAACAAAAGGAGAAGGCGAUACUCCAAUAUCAGUCUUUCAAAGACUCGGAGAGUCACCUAAAGGUGCUGGAGUAAGGAACUCGGGUGGUAGCGCAGGUGGUAAAAUUCAUUCUGCUCUUGUGGCAGCUUCGGUCCCAACUCAUUUUGCCUCGUCACAGGCUGGUGAAAGUGGACUUCUUUGGAAAGAAGGUUUGAUGGGUAAUACCAACCCUUCGAAAUCUCAAUGA